GGGAGCGUCGCUUCCGCAUACAGACAGAAUCCUGGAGAGUUGUAUGGGUAUAAGUUCAUGAAGGUUUGCCAUCUGUUAAAAUAAUCAAAAUGGAAAAUUCUACAAAUGCAGAGAAAUGUGAACAAAUUUCCCCAGAAGCAUCAGUGGAUACAGAAACAGAGUCUUUGCUCAGUAUUAGUAAAAACACAAGUGGUACCUUGCUUCCUCAUAAGACUCCUGCCUCUGGGCAUGUGGCCACACCAAAAAAAAGAAAACUGGAUUCUGAAGGAGAUCUUGAACAGGAAAAUUCUAGUUGUGGGGAAGAAGAUACUAUUUCCAAGAAAAUAAAAUUAGAACCGGAAGUUGUCCCAGAGGAAAAAGGUUCUGGUGAUGAUGAAGGUAUUUCAAGGAAAAGAAAAUUAGAACCAGAUCAUUUUUCAGAAGAGAAACCUACUGGGGAUGGAACUCAGAAAAAGAGAACAAGAGAAGUUGAUAUUUCUGAAAAGCAAAAGAAUUUGGAAGUAGGUCACAGCACAGCAGUUGCUACCCACUACAAUGAACUGCCGGAAGUUGGUUUGGAGAAACGUAGUGAGAGCCGUAUUUUUUAUAUGAGAAACUUUAAUAAUUGGAUUAAAAGUGCCCUUAUUGGGGAAUUUCUAGAAAAAGUGCGACAGAAGAAAAAACGUGAUAUCACUGUUUUGGACCUGGGAUGUGGUAAAGGUGGAGAUUUGCUCAAGUGGAAAAAGGGAAGAAUUAGCAAGCUAGUUUGUGCUGAUAUUGCUGAUGUUUCCAUCAAGCAGUGUCAGCAGAGGUAUGAUGAAAUGAGAACUCGUUGUCGUGAUAAUGAAUAUAUGUUCAGUACAGAAUUUAUAACUGCUGAUUGUUCAAAGAAACUUUUGAUGGACGACCUUUGUGACAAAGAAAUGUCCUUUGACAUCUGCAGUUGUCAGUUUGCCUUUCAUUAUUCAUUUGAAUCAUAUGAACAGGCUGACCUAAUGCUCAGAAAUGCUUGUGAAAGACUUAAUCCUGGAGGCUAUUUUAUUGGUACUACUCCCAACAGCUUCGAAUUAAUAAAACGUCUUGAAGCUUCAGAAACAGAGUCAUUUGGAAAUGAAAUAUAUACUGUGAAAUUUCAGAAGAAAGGAGAUUAUCCUUUGUUUGGCUGCAAAUAUGAUUUCCACUUACAUGGCGUUGUUGAUGUUCCUGAGUUCCUGGUCUAUUUUCCAUUGCUAAUUGAAAUGGCAAAGAAAUAUAAUAUGAAAGUAGUUUACAAGAAAACGUUUCUGGAAUUCUAUGAAGAAAAGGUUAAGAACAAUGAAAACAAAAUGCUGUUAAAACGAAUGCAGGCCCUGGAGCCUUAUUCUGCAAAUGAACAUUCUAAACAGAUAUCUGAAAAGGUAGAUGACUAUCGACAUGCAAUAGAAUACAUGAAGAAUAGUCAAGUAAAGUUACCUCUGGGAACAUUAAGUAAAUCAGAAUGGGAAGCCACAAGUAUUUACUUGGUCUUUGCAUUUGAGAAGCAGCAGUGAGCACAUGUUAAGUAGCAUCAAAAAAGCUAUUCCAUUUUAUACAUAUUUAAAUGAUCCAUCUGAAGUAGACUUGACAACUUUUCUGUUGAUUUUAAUUUUCUAAAUCUACACGAUGCUGCCAGAAACACUACUGUAUAAAUUCAGCAGUUGCUAUGAGAGAUCAACUUUGGUGUUUGAGUUGGGACCCUAAUCUUUAAAAGUCUUUUUUAAGUAUUGUGUAAGGAUACAUUUGCUGUAAUUUUUAUUUUCUCAUAAAAUGUAUGUGUGAAAAGCUGCUGAA